AUGGACUCGGCGUUAUGUCGCCUUUGCCUAAGCACUGACGGUGUGGACUACAGUUCAGUUUACGAUGAACAUGGUUCGGAAACGAUCGCUAAAAUCAUUACUUAUUGCGUGGGAAUUAAGUUUCGGCGCAACGAUGGCAUCACGCAAGCUAUUUGCGAUUGCUGUCGAAUGGAGAUUUUGAAUUUCAACAACGUUCGGAAACGAUGCAUCGCUUCCGAUCAGAUAUUGCGAGACGAUCGUCGAAAAAACCGAACGGCCUUUGGUUCCAAGUUUACUGCUCACACAAAAGUUAAAUCGGACAUAAACGAUGAUGAGCGAAAUCUCGGACCGGCAGGAGAACUUGAAACUGAUACGAACGACACACCAACGCCGUCGAUUGUAGAAACUAUCGAUGAACGAGUUGUAAAUGCUACGCCUGAAAUCAACGUAGAACAAGAUGUCGUGCAUGAAGCACAAGAAACUAAGACGAUCGACGAGCUUGAGUCAUUAACAGAGCGUACAACGUCUCCCACCAGGCGAACCAGAAAAAAGUGUAAAGUUAGAAGGACAACGAAGAAAAUCUUAAGUGCAAUCGCAACCGAAAACACCGAUGAACCUGGAUUUGUUUGCUGCGGAUGUUCGGCAGUUCAGUUCAGCAGCCAACAAGAGCUGGAAGAACAUCUUUUCGAAAACCACAGGAAAUAUCGCAUCUUAGACAACUUCAUACGACCUUUCGAGUGCGAUAUGUGCUUCAAACGCUUUUUGACGGAAAAGCUUCUUGUGCAGCACAAAACACGUUCAUAUCGGAAACGUCGUUUCGUGUGCACGUCGUGCGGCCUAGCUUACCUUACCAACAACGGAUUGAAACGCCACGAGAAGGUGUGCAAUGUGGAGGAAAAAAACUUCUCCUGCGAGGUGUGUGGUAAACGUUUCCUGCAAACGGUCACACUGGCGAGUCACCGGAAGCUGCACCAGCAGGAGAAAACGUUCUCGUGCUCCGUAUGCGGGAAAACGUUUCGGAAAAAGUUCGAAAUAACCAUUCAUAUGGUAACGCACACUGAAGAGCAACCUUACCCGUGCGAUCUUUGUCCGGCCAGAUUCAAACGCCACCAAGCAUUGAAGAAUCAUCAGAAGCAUCACGUGAACUCUCGGCCGUACAAGUGCGACCUGUGCGAAGAGUCGUUCAAUAGUUUUGCCGCCCGAAAGUUCCACCGCCUAACGGUGCACGAAGGGUUGGAUCCGUUCCGGUGCGACCAGUGCGGCGUUAGCUUUGGCCGCAGAUUACGGUUAACCCAACACAUGAAGCGCGUACAUGGCGUCACUGAUUGA